AUUACCUUAAAUGUUCAUGACCGUUAUAAGAGAAUGAAUUAUGUAAUUAGCAACGGAGAAUGGAUGAAAUAUAAUGAAUAACUGCAAAGAAUUGAAAACUUUAAAAACUUCAAAAAACAAACAGAUGUGCAUUUCUAAAGAUAAUAAAGAUAAAUUAAAUAAGAGAGAGCAUCAAGAUGAGAGAGGUGAUUUGGAUUAUUUAUUAAAUAACAAUUUUUCAACUUUUAAUAUUGGUGAUUUUGAAAAUAAGUUUAAAAAUAUAUGCACCUAUUUAAACAAAAAUGAAUAUGCAGAGAUUGCUACCAGUCCAGAUGUAAUAGAUAAAGAAUACAGUUCCAAAAGGAAUCUCAGAAUAUCUGUUCAGAAAACAGUUAAGAAUGUAGACUAUCUCGAGAAGUAUAGUUUUCAAUUAUCUAUUAUUCCUUCUACAAUAAAUAACAUUGUUUCUAAGCAAAAAGAGAACUUUUCUUUUGGUUCAGAUUUUGAUAUUUGUAAAAACAAAUCUAGACACAAUGAUGAUGCUUCAUUUGAAUUAUAUCCAUUUAUUUCUUCAGAAGUUUUUUUAACAGAUCUUAAUUUUCAGGAAGUAAAUAAUUCUGAUACAGAAUCUCAAAAACUGAAGCAAGACAUUUGUAAGAAACAAAAGUAUGAAUUUGCCACAGAAGCAGACCUAAUUACUUUUAAAGAAAAUAGAAUGACUACUAAAAAGUCUGAUAUAUUAAAGCAUGGAAAAUCUGAAACCUUUGGAGGAAUUUUUAAGAAAGAUAUAAAAAAGGUCUCUCUUACUGCAAAAGAUAUUCAAGAUUCUAAGACGCCAUUGUCUUAUCCAGAGGCAAAAGAAAAAUGUCUCAAUCAAUCUAAAUACAACUCAAAAUCAGAUAAAUGUUAUAAAAACUUAUUGCAUAAAAAUCCUGCACUUAAUUCAAAUAAAACUUCAACAGCUACUAGAAGAAAUUUUCCAUUGCCUAGCAAAAAAAUUAAGCCUAGAAAUGUUAUUGCAUCAUUUAUUUCAAAGAAUCAAAAUCAAAACUCCACAAAUGAAUCUAUUUUUGAAAUACAUUCUAUUAAUUUGAAGAACAAAAAUCUGAAAUUCAUAGAUUAUAAUUUCAAUAAGCAAUUUAAUGCAUUGAAUCCUGAUGAAUUUAAUGAUAAUAUAGAUUCAAACAAUAAAUUAGGAAGUUUUCUGACAUCAGAAUUCAAAAAGGCAAACUCUGAAUUUUUCAUUCAAAUCAAAAAUUUUUUAAAUGAAUUUAAUGGUGACUCCUAUGAUCUCCAUGAAAGCUUAACAAAGUUUUAUCAGAAAUUGCAAAGAGCCAAAAUCAAGUUUAGAACUUCAAUUGUAAUUAAAAACAUAACUAUACAAUACAAAAAUUUUUCAAAAGUAUUCAACAGUAUAUCAGAAGAAGAUGUAAUAGAUAUGACUAGCAAUUAUUUUUCUAAAUACUUCAAGGAAGAUCAGGGACACACAAUGACUAUUGAAAUGAAUAAAGAAUUUGAACUCUUCUUAAAGUUCAACAUAAAGUUUAAAGAAAAAGAUGAAUUUUCAGCAAUUCUAGAUGAGAAUAAAACAAAAUAUUUAUCAUCAAAAUGGUUUACUUUGUUUAACUUAAUUUAUCAACUGAACAAACAAACAAAAGUUUGUCAUUUCUACAAAGAAAUAUUAAAACUUAACAAUUAUUAUAUAAAUCAUAACUUCCAAUUAUAUAAAUUGGAUUCUAUGAACUGUUUUAUUGUUGAUGUUAAAGUGAUUGAAUUUUUUGAAAGAUGCGACUAUCUUCGUUUAAAAAUUCAAGGCAUCGUUGAUUCAAAAUGUGGAAAACACAAACCAAUCGUCAUCAUCAAAGAAACCAGGUUAUAUUACAGAGAAUAUAAUAAAAGAAAGAGAAUCAAAAAUGAUGAAAAAGCAAAAAUAAAAAUAUUUGAAAUAAAAGAAUAUUCCCACAAGAAUUAAUGCAAUGUUUGCAACUCACAGAGGUUGUUUUUAUGUAAAAAGUUUAGAUUGAAUUUUCUAUCAGUAGCUACAAAAACAACGUAAAAUCUUU